UGGAGGAGGCGAAGACGCAGGUGGAGCACAGCCUGGAGGCGGUGACGACGGAGCGCGACGGGCUGCAGGAGCGCCUGGCCACCACGACUGAUACGUUGAGUAGGCAGCUGCAUGAGGUGGAGGAGGCGAAGACGCAGGUGGAGCACAGCCUGGAGGCGGUGACGACGGAGCGCGACGGGCUGCAGGAGCGCCUGGCCACCACGACUGAUACGUUGAGUAGGCAGCUGCGUGAGGUGGAGGAGGCGAAGACGCAGGUGGAGCACAGCCUGGAGGCGGUGACGACGGAGCGCGACGGGCUGCAGGAGCGCCUGGCCACCACGACUGAUACGUUGAGCAGGCAGCUGCAUGAGGUGGAGGAGGCGAAGACGACGAGGUGGAGCACAGCCUGGAGCGGUGACGACGGAGCGCGACGGGCUGGC